AUGCCUUAUUUCUUGCCGACAUUGCUCAACCCAUUGAUCAAUGCCGUGUUCAAUUGUCCUACACCACUUACCUCAUCUUUAAAGAAGGUUUUCUCGACUUUGGAAGAUAAAAAGUUCAUUUUGGUUGUUCCCAGCGUUGAGGUUCUUUCAAAAUACGAGGACUUGGAAAGCGGGGUAUCGCUUCAAGACUUAUGUUACGAUUAUGAUUUUGUAGCGUCACACAUUUUGGUUUUGGAGAAGGGGCAAUUGUCCCAACCUGAGGAGUUCAAGACUCUGAAUAACAAGACAUUAUCGAUACGAAAUCAAGGCGAAGUGAUUAUGACCGGAGAGGGUUUUGAUGCGCGCAGAAGAUUCCCAAUCAAACUAGUUGAGCUGUUCACGAACUUCAAUGAUUAUUUGGGCAAAGAUGGUAAAUACCCGUUGCUACAUGUCGAGCAUCCGCUGGUAGGAAGGGCAGUUGUGAAAGAAGAAUGGCAUUGUCUGGAAAUGAGAAAUGGCUCGAGAUCUCGGAAAACGCUGUUAAUUGACGCCGCGACGCAACAGCGAUCUAAUUUUGACCGUACGUUACAACUGCAUCCUGCUUUGGGCGACAGAUUCAAUGAUUUGUUCAAAGCCCAACGAAUCAAAAUCGGCUACCAGAAGCGAGACCCAUCAGAUUUGAUAAAUUGCUUCCAAGAAUUUCAAACUGAAGCUUUUGAUAUAUUUCAGUCAAUGAGCUCUUUCUCAAGUUUUUCAAAUCUGGAGCAGCUGGUUUAUACUUAUGUGGAGGUCAACCUUUAUACCGAUUUUUGGCUUCAGUUGACUGGCGCAUUCAAAAAGGAAGAAAUUGAAGACAUUGCAAGCUUCGAUGCCCUUGCCAAUAUAUCGAUCAAUCAGGUUCCCUCGUUCCUGUAUCCAGCUGAUACGAAAGAUUUCGAUCUUCGGUUUGUGGUUCAAGCUGAGAGAAAUAUCACGGCAGCCACCACAUCUUUCAAGAGAAUGCAGAUUGCAAAUUCACAUGCGGAAAAAUCGGACAUCUUGGUUGAAACGAUGCAAUCGCUGACCAAAACCCUGCUAAUCGGCAACAAAAGCAUAGCGUUCGACGCAGACGCUCUGGUGAGUAUGAUGAUUGUAGUUAUCUGCCGCUCAAAAGUCAAGAAUUUGAAGGCGCAUUUAUUUUAUCUACAACAAUUCUCCAGAGAAGCUCAUACAGUGAAUUUUGGGAUUUUAGCAUACGGAAUUUCAACACUCGAGGCAGUCUUAAUGUAUUUUCACAAGCCAGACAGAGUUCAAACGUUUGAGAAAAUGUGCCGUCGUAACAAGUCGUUUUGGAAGAUUUUGGAAGAUACCGGUGAAUCAGCCAAUUUUCUUGAUUCCUAUGAGGAUCUCUUGCGAAUACGGUCGGCUCAAGGACAAUCUGUUUUGGCCUUCUGCAUCCAAAAUGGUAACUUUGACUCAUUCCUGUAUAUUUUGGAAAGUCAUGAGGAUUUGUUUCCUCUCGAAGAUAUCUUGCACGAUAAAACCCUCGAGAAUCUCACUCUCAUGGUUUUGUGUCUCCAAUCUGGAAACUCUUUCAUAUGUGAUACAUUUUUCGACCUGUUAAGCGUUUCCUGCACCACCGAAGAGUUGGCACUUUUUUUAAACUGCCGGGACGACAAUUUCCGAACAUCAGGGCACUAUAUGAUGCAUGCUCCUCAGCUGUUACGCCGUCUUGGACCUUUAUUGGAUUGGGCAGCGAAGGACUUGAAUGGCCAUACACCGUUGUUUGCUUUAUUCCGAUCUUAUGAUCAUUCAGAUUAUGAUUCUAUGGUAUCGGACGCCUAUUUUGCAGCAUUCGAAUGGUAUAGUAGUCGAAAGCAGGAAUUCAAAGUCUGUGAUCACAUGGAUUACAAAGGAAACACUCUUCUACACGUUUUAAAGUCUAAUGUGUCACUCUUACUCGACCUCCCGACAUCAAAUGUUAACACUGUCAACAGAAAGGGUCUAAGUCCACUGAUGGUUUAUGCGAGAUACAAUCGUACUAAGAACAUAUCGGCAAUUAUGCAAGAUGGUCGACUGCUUUUCGAUCAGAUGCAGGUCCCACCUUGCUUGAAUGUUUAUGAUUUUGUCAGAAAUCCCGACGUUCUUGAGAAAGUUUGUCGCGCUGCUGCUCGUCGGUCUGAGUACCUGCUUGUUGUUGCUCAUUGUCUCAAAUACGAGGCCAAAGAAUGGUAUGUCUGCUUUACGGUUAGAGAUGGAAACGAUAACACACUCAUGAGAUACAGCCUAAAAGUUGUUAAGGACUUCCUUGUCGAAUUUGGCGAAGCUUAUCCGAUGAGUUUCCUCCCCAUACAAAGUGUUCUGGUAGGUUUGAAGGGUCUCUCAAAGACGAGAAUAGCAAUUGCAAAUAGGCUGGAGAUCCACGAAUUCUUGGGCAUUUUAAGUGAAGUUUUGACUGCCAUAUGUCGAGAAUCGCAUUGCUUUAAUGCUUUCGUUGAAAACCCGAGCAAGCUGUCUGCAUCAAUACUUAAAUCAUCACCAACAUCCCUCAAAAGGUCUUCAUCGAGGGUAGAGUUUACGGGAGAUGAUGCGGCAGCCAUCAUCAGACCAGAAGCUAUUUCCAGUAUUCAAACCUUCCUGAAAUUCAAUGCAAAUGAGUUCAAGACUGUCAAGGCAUUAUUGGUUGUGCUGAGGAAGCUCGCCAUCUUCAAGAACCUGAAAUCUGAAGAUAUCAAGAAUGCUUUUCACUUGUUUCUAAAUUCUAGCAAAGCAGUGGGCUUCCCGGAGAUUUUGAAAAGCACUGUAUAUGACAAGCAAAUUGAUGGUUUGAAAGCAGCGUUACCGUUCGUUAGGCUCAUUAGUAGUGUUGAAUUUUCGAUCAGCUGCCUUGAAACUUUACUGUCAAACAUAAACAGUGUUUUAGAGAAGAAGGUUAUCAAGUGGUGGCACCUUUAUGGAGAAUACGUUCAUCUUCGCAGCGAAUACAACAAAAAUUUUCCAAAUGCAAUAAAGCCACAGGUGAACACUCGUAAUGGAGGGAUCUUUGGUUCCUACAUAGAGACGAAAAGAAUCAAGCUGGAGGAUGCGCUCUCUCAAAAAUUACAAUCUUGUUUACAGCACUUGCAUACCCUUAGCGACACCAUCGGACAUGAACAUGAACUAUUAGCAGAACAAAUAAGCAAAUUUCUCGAGUUUGAAGGCGACUUUUGGAAAGAUGGCAUUAUAAUCAAUUUUGCAAAAGAGAGCAUUAAGCUUUUAAGACUUACUACAGGCAUAGUGGAAGAAACAUUAUGCGACUUUCGCAAACUAAAAAAUAAGCAUUUAUAA